GGGAGCUCACCAGCACCACCGACCAGCAGCCGCUGAGUAUCGUUGCUGCCGCAUGUAAACACCUUGUCUGGUUGUCGCUUGUGCCCGCACACCCCGCGCGCGCCUCCCCGCCUAGCGCGAGCGCUUCCUUCUCGUGGCGAGGGUUACCACCCGCCUGCCGCCGGCCCACGGUCCGCUUGUUCUGUCCCGAAGGUGCCCAGAGGCGGAGGCCGAGUAGCGACCGCGCGCCCGCCGACGCCCGCUGCAGGCAUUGCAGGCCCGCUCGACAGCUAUGGCGAGGCGCAGUGGCGCCCCCGCACGCCGAUGAGUUUCCCGGGCCGGCUGACCGGCCACGCCUGGGACUGCUACUACGACGCGAAGGCGGCGGCGUACGCGCCGCUGGUGGCGGAGCAGCACGACGGCGCCGCCUCUGGCGCCGCCUACGCCCACUGGGGGCCGCCGCAACAACAGCAGCAGCAGCCGCCGCCGCAGCACAACCACAGCCACAACCACAACCACCAGGCGCCGCCGCAGCACCACCAGCAGCUGCUCUGGGCCGCCAGGCAGCAGCACCACGCCGAGCAACAACAGCAGCAAGAGCAGCAACAACAACAGCAGCAGCAGCAGCAGCAACAACAACAACAACAGCACCAACAGCAGCAGCAGCAACAACACCAGCAGCAGCAACAACAACACCAGCAGCAGCAACAACAACAACAACAGCCGCCUCCUCCUCCCAAGAGAUUUUUGCUUCAAGGUGAGUCCUGGAUAGACGGUGCCUUGCCAAGUCGAAGUCCCAUAUACGGGAAGACCAGCGGCAAGGAUGGCCCUGAAGACAAGAAGGACGACGGCGAGCUGUGGUGCAACGUGGAAGCGCAGGCCGCCUUCCUGGGACCCAACCUCUGGGAUAAGACGUACGACGCCGACCUGAAGUACGUGGACCUGGACGAGUUCCUGUCGGAGAACGGCAUCCCGGUGGAGGGCCUGCCGGGCACGCAGCACCUGAAGCAGGCGCAGCAGCAGCAGGCGCAGCCGCCGGCGCCGCCGCAGCAGGCGCUGCCGGCGCCGCCCGCGACGCCCGCGCCGCACCACGCGCCGCAGCACCCGCUGGCGCACCCGCACCCCCACCCACACCAGCACGCGCACCCCGCGGCCGCGCCCGUCGUCGCCGUCGCGCCCGGCCCGGGGCCCGCGGCCACGCUCGACCUGGUGGCCAAGCGCGAGCGCUCGCCCAGCCCCUGCGAGCCGCGCACGCCCGACACCGAGCCGCUCAACCCGCCGUCGCCGGCCGACUCCAUUUUGUCCUCAGCACUGUCCCUGGCGUCAUCUGGUCGUGAUUUCGAUCCUCGGACGAGAGCCUUUUCGGACGAAGAGCUGAAACCACAACCAAUGAUCAAGAAGUCCAGAAAGCAGUUUGUUCCGGAUGAUAUGAAGGAUGAAAAGUACUGGGCACGGCGCCGCAAAAAUAACUUGGCAGCAAAGAGGUCUCGUGAUGCAAGGCGUGUCAAGGAAAAUCAAAUAGCACUGCGUGCAGGAUUUUUAGAGAAGGAGAACAUGAACCUACGACAGGAGCUGGACCGAUUGAAGAAAGAGAACAUGCUGUUAAGAGACAAACUAUCAAAGUUCACAGAUGUGUAGUUGGGUACACAAGUCUAACAUGGCCACCUUGUCCACAAUAUUGAUGCAGUUCCUAAAACAAAGUAGACUCACACAGCAAAUAUGUUUAUAUCAUGAGAUGGAAUGCUUAACUUUUUGAAUUCCAUUUAAUUAUACAUGCAUAACUGGAAGUUGAACCUUAUUUCAUCUCAAUUGUGACCACAAUAGUUACUGCUGAAUAUGUUGAAAACUCAUUGUAAUUCAGCUGAACUGUUGCAAUUAAUGUAUUAUCUCAGUGUUUACAGUAUGAGGUGAGGUGGCCACAAGAAUGGACUAAUAUCAUUUGUCAAAAGGAACAAAAUGACUUUUGGCAGCAAUUAUUUCAUGUGUCAUACCUAUCACCAGUUUCACAUGAUGGAGCAAUUGGAAAUUUAUGUGCUUCUGACCUUUAAAGAAAGCAGCUUUUGUCACCAACUGCAGAAGCUAUCUAGGAGGUAAAUAAGUAACACAGUUCUGGCAGCUAUUAACCACCAGCCUCCACAUUUAAAAAAAUGCAAAAUCUUAUUCAUUAAAGUAGCAUCCAUUCAUACAGGGACAAUGUAUUUUACUGUCUAAGUACAUUAAUGUCUGUUGUUAAUGAACAGUCAAGACAUGAGCACAUCUGUACAUGAAUAAUAUUAUUGUAAUUUAGAGUAUCAUAGUGUAGACUUGUGAUUGUUUUAACUGAUGACAGGGUAUAGGAUUUUAGAAUGCUCAGAAAUAUAUAUAUAUAUUUUUAAUUCAAUAUAUAUGAAUAGUAACAUUUACUCAGAUGAAAUGAUAUCAAACUUGUUAUGUAUUUACACAUGAAGCAAACACACAUGUGCACACACAUGAUUAAUUGUGACAUUGUUAUGCACUGAGGAAGCUAGUUCAAAACUGAGCACUUUACAUAGAACAGACAGGGUACUGAUUAGAUUCUCAGAGUGAAACAAAUAUACACAAGGAGAAAAUAGACAGGUUGAUACAUAUGUUGAAGACAUCUGGGAGUGAAUAAAACAAAUAAAUUAGGAUUGUUAAAUCACUGUACAAGUGUGAGUAGCAAAUCAUGAAGUAGACUAACAGAAAUUUCUGUUAUGAAACCAUUGGCAUCCUUGUUACAUUGUUAAUAAAAAAAGGCUUGUAGCACUUUUAUCACAUGUGGACAGAGCAACUGUACACAAACUUAAUUGACAAGAAAGCUGUGCCUUGAUAUUACCGGUAUCCAUUACGAAUAUAAAAGAAAGUUGUCUAAGGGUUUACUUUGUUUAAAAAAAGUUAAUGAAGAAAGGUUUCUCAAGGACACUGAAUGUAAAUUUGCUAGGUUUUACCAUAGUUUCCUCCGUGUUUAUCAAUUCUGACAAGAACUCACUCUUAUUAUUCGUAAAUAUAUGUUUUGUUUUCUCUUUCUGGCUGUUUGAUAUUUUUAAUUAAAUGUUUGAAUAAAUAACAAACAAUUGUAUAAAGUAUGUUCUUUUCCUCCAUAAAUAUAAAGCAACUGUUAUCGCUGUUUCUGUUUACAUAUUCCAUAAAACUUAUUUACCGGCAGGCCGGAAAUACUGGUGUCAAGAGAUAUCUACACUUUAUGCAUCUAUCUAUGUGUGUAAGCCGUUGCUGCUGGCAGGAACGCAUUCAAAUACAAUUGAGCAAAUAGUAAAUAACCUUUUAUAGUAAUGUUCAAAGUCAACUAUGAUAGCACCUAAAGUAAUCAUGUCAUGAUUUAAGUGUAACCAUGGUUUGUGUAUGCUUUCAUGUAAAUACUGGUAAAUACAUAUAGCUUAUUGCCCAAAUAUCAAAAUAAUCUGGUGUGAAUUUUAAGUUUUCUUUCCUUUCUUUCUUUCUUUCUUUCUUUCUUUCUCUCUCUCUCUGUGUGUGCUGCUAUUACCAUAUAGUCAAAACCAAAUUGGUGUAGCUGAUAUUUUGUACAAAAUAUUAGUAUAGAUGUGUGUAUAAAGGGGAAUCGUCUCUUUGUUAAAACUUAAAUCACUUUGUGUAGUGGGCGCAUUGGUCUGUGUUGAACAUAGUAUAAAUGUUCAUGUUAUUAAUUCAUGUUGUUGAAAAGUAGUAUAAACUUUUUCAUGUAUGUUGUAAGUAAUUGAUCACUGACUAUUUGUCAGCUAGAAGCUGAUACAAAAUAAGCAUGUUAUUGUUUCAUUGUAUUCUGUAGGUAAAGUUCUCGCCUGUAAUAUUGUUUCCACAUUUUUGUUUUAAAACUCGUGAAUCAUAAUUAACAGAUAACUUUGUCAAUAGAAUAUCUAGCUUUACUUUUUAAAAGUUGAUGUUGGAUAUGUUGAGGUUGGAUUUUGUUUAUGUGAAUAGCUUCAAAAUAAAAAUGUAUAUAUGUUGAAAUAUACUAAGCCAAACAGUUCAAUUGUUUUAGUGCAGAAAUAUAGCAUGGAUUUCUGAUAGAUGUCUAUGAGAUAAAUAUAAUAUAUAUAUAUAUAUAAUAUACAAAUAUAUUUACAUCACACACAAUAUAUAUAUUUUAUUAAGCAUUUUAAUGGGAACUGAAUACUGUGUGUCCAAGCUUGUGUUCAGAAAAUGCAUGCCGCUUGGUCCACGUUGUUGGUUAGAAAGUAUUGAUUUUAUAGUUAGUACUACAAGAAAUUUCAGUGGUGAGAAAUCAGUCUUGAUAUAAAUGGUGUUGGAAUAAAUUUAUAAUGUUAUUGUAUGAUUAUAUUGUAAAGCUCGGUAAGAAUGUGUGAAGAGAAACAGGAUACAGAUCACUGUUAAUGGAGUUAUAUUUUUAUUACACUUCUUCCAUAAGGAUGUAAAUGUUGUUAGUUGUUUAAUUUGUGCAUAUUUCACAGUAAUCAAACAAGGAGUGUUUCUGUUUGGUUAGGAUGAAACCAAAACUGUAUAUCAGGCUUUUUAUCUGGGGAAAAUGUUACAUUUGAACUGGGGUUUCCUUUACAGCUUGAAAUUCACUCUGGUGCCUUAACAGAACACUACGCAUACAAUAAUAGGAGAUUUGCCAUGUGAAAUCAAGUAUACUGACAACUACUGAGUUUAGUAGUUCAUAGUUUCAGCAAAACUGAUAGUAAAUUAUGCAAAUAUGACUCGCUAAAACAUUUUCACAGUUUAAUGUUAGGGUACUGCUUCAGUGGUGGAUACAAGUUCACUAGUAACAUGUAUACAACUUGCCCCAUUAGAAAUACAUAAAGUAUUGAUUUCACUGCUUUUAUUUUUAUUUCAUUAUUUUGUUUAUUGUGCAACAACAGUUUUGAAUAUUUUAGUGAUUUCUGAAAUGUAUCACUUUUACCUCAGUGCUGUGACUAGCAUGAACUGUGUGAAAACAUCAUUUAGAUACAGCUGCGUUAUGCAGAAAUACGAUUUUUAUAUUUUACUUUUAAUGGAAGUACUUUGUUAUAUAAAUGUGGCUGUGCUGUAUCUCCUACAUAUACAAUGCAGAGUGUUAGUUUUUGAUGCAGCUUAUUUGAAGUAAUAUUUGUUACUUUCAUCGAAAAAAAAUGUUUCCUGUAUGUCUCCAUUGUCUGGCUCAUGCCAGUUGGUCAUCAGAGAAGUUUUAAGAUAAAUGGUUAACAUGAUAGGCAAAAAAAUGAAAACUGAAAAGUGUGACAUGAAUAGUUAAAAUAGUCACUGAGAAACAGAAAGCUAAAAUUUGACUUUGUACUAAGAAUUGCACUGAAUGGACUUUACAUGCUUGUUAUGUGCUGCUUAUGAAUAAAAGUUGUACUCCCCAUGAAACACAAGUGUUUGAAAGUAAUAA